GUCGUAAUCUUUUGUAUAUUUUUUACGAGCAAAUAAUAUUUGUGUGUCCCGUUCACCUGAUUUAAAAUGGAAGUAAUCUGACCUUGGGAGAAAUCAACUCAACAAUAGGAGGCUUUUGAGGAACACAAAAUUUUGGGAAAUCUUCAAUCAAAUCUUCAAGUCAAACCUAAACCAAGAACACACUUGCGAUUACUUCCACGACACAAAAAUCAAUUCGAUUACGCUCUCGGAUGAUCAUAGUUGAUAGGCUAGAGGCGUCAGCUACGGCGGUGGUGGCGGUGGAGGACGGUGACGGAAUUUUUUUCACUGCUGAGUCGGUGGUGGUUGGGAGAGGUUCAGGCGAGGGAUGAAGAAAGGCAAAGGAAAGAAUACCGGAUUGUUGCCUAAUUCUUUGAAGAUUAUAUCUUCUUGUAUUAAGACCGUGUCUACUAAUGCUAGCACCGUCGUUCGUUCCGCCGGUGCUUCCGUCGCGGCUUCGAUUGCAGCUUCCGGAGACGAUCAGAGAGAUCAGGUAACAUGGGCCGGCUUCGACAGAUUAGAAGUUGGCUCCACUUCCUUCAGACAUGUUCUAUUGCUUGGUUAUCAGACUGGUUUUCAAGUGAUUGAUGUGGAGGAUGCAUCUGAUUUUACUGAGCUUGUUUCAAAGCGUGAUGGCCCUGUCACUUUCCUACAGUUGCUGCAUAUUCCUGCAAACCCUGAUGGCAAUGAGAAGUUCCUACCAUUACAUCCGUUGCUAAUAGUGGUUGCAGGUGAUGAAGCCACCAGGCCCACACCCACCAUGGGUCAAAAUCGAAGCUAUUUGAGUCCACCUGGCAGGGAUGGUUCAGUUGUGUCUCAUCAUCAGUCAGGAACCUCUGUGGGUUCUACUGCAGUGCGGUUUUAUUCCCUUCAGUCCAACUGUUACGUGAAGGUUCUCAGGUUCAGGUCAACUGUUUUUAUGGUCAGAUGUAGUCCUCUGAUAGUAGCUGUGGCUCUUGAAAAGGAGAUACACUGUAUAGAUGCUGUCACACUUGAGAAUAAGUUCACUGUUCCAACCUAUCCAGUUCCUCAAUUUGGAGGACAAGGAAUGGUUGGAGUUGGAGUUAACAUUGGGUAUGGUCCAUUGGCUGUGGGCCCACGCUGGUUAGCUUAUGCUUCAAACAAACUGCUUGUAUCAAACACAGGUCACUUAAGCCCGAAGAACCUUACUCUUGGUAUUAGCCCAUCCACCUCACCAAGCAAUGGUUCGUUGGUGGCUCGUUAUGCAAUGGAAUCAAGCAAACAGUUGGCUGCUGGAAUUAUCACCCUCGGUGACAAAGGCUAUAAAACCUUCUCUAAAUACUAUCCAGAGAUGCUCCAAGAUCGUCCAGGUUCUCCUAUGACAUCAAAUCCAGGCUGGAAAGUUAUGAAUGCUUCUUCAGAAGUAGAUAAUGUGGGAAUGGUCAUUGUCAAGGAUGUUAUUUCAGAAGCUGUUAUAUCACAGUUUAGAGCUCAUUCCAGUCCACUGUCUGCAUUAUGCUUUGAUCCAAGUGGAACCCUUCUAGUUACAGCCUCAAUACAUGGCAAUAAUGUAAAUAUCUUCCGAAUCAUGCCUUGUACUCGAGGUGGUUCUAGCAAUCAAACCCAUGACUGGAGUUCCUCUCAUGUGCUUCUUUACAAACUGCAUCGUGGCAUAACAUCAGCUGUUAUCCAAGACAUCAGCUUUAGUCGCUACUGUCAAUGGAUUUCCAUUGUUUCAUCCAAGGGUACUUGUCAUGUUUUCGCUCUAUCACCCUUUGGUGGUGACACUAGCUAUCGGAAUCAUGGAUUCCAGAGUCGAUCAGUCAAUCCCGUUCGAUCUCUUCCAUGGUGGUCAACCCCGUCGUUCGUCAUAGAUGAGCAACCUUUACCACCUCCACCUCCUCUUACCCUUUCCGUAGUUGGUAGGAUCAAGAAUAAUAGUUCUGGAUUUCUCAAUUCCGUCACCAAUGCUGCUUCUUCUGUGGUCGGAAAGACACAAAUGCCCUCUGGUGCUGUUGCUUCUGUUUUCCACAACUCUAUGGCUUACCGUAAUCAUGAUGUUUCAAAAAACAGUAAUUCCUUGGAAUCUCUGCUGGUUUAUACUCCAUCUGGAUAUGCAAUUCAAUAUGAGCUUCUGCCAUCAAUGGGGACCCAGAUUGAUGUUGGUUCAAGAACUCAGUAUCAAUUAGGCCAAGAUGAGGAGUCAGGAGUGAUAUUUGAAUCUCGUCAAUGGUGGCAAGUUUGUAGGAGGUUGGAUUCUCCAGAAAGGGAGGAAUGCAUUUCGGUUACUGGCCAAGGGUCUAAAACGUCAAUUUACAACUCCAGAGGUAAUGUCAGUAUGGGUGGUCAAAAUCUGGGGAAAAGUGAUGCAGUGAAGCGAAAUGAUAGAGCACAUUGGUUUCUGUCAAAUGCUGAGGUCCAAAUAAACUCUGGGAGAUUACCAGUAUGGCAAAAUACCAAGGUGCAUUUUUAUGCGAUGAGAUGUGUGGAUGUAGAGGGAUUUGGAGGUGGAGAGGCUCAGAUUGAGAACAUUCCGUGUUAUGAAGUUGACAUAAGAAGAAAGGAUUUGUUACCAGUUUUGGAGCAUUUCAAUACCAUCAAAUCAGGCUGGGAUGACAGAGUCUAUUCUGCCCAAAAAAACCCCUCUUUGGAAUCUGGUGAAGAUAGAGAGAAGGCCGGUGAUGAAUCUGUCAUCUGUCUUUCAAAGCCAGCAUCGGUUAGCUCUACUGAAAGCUCGGAUGGAGGAUCAUCCCGAAGGAUUGAGAAUUUGCUUGAUCUUGAUCCAGUGAACAAUGGCAAUCGACCGUUCUUAACAUCCAACCAUUUUGAUAUCAAGGAAGUGGGUAGUGACAGUGUGUCUCCGGUUCAGAAAGAAGUGGUAGAUUUUCAGGAGGGUUACUGUAAGGUGGUUGAAUCCGUUGGUUGCAAUAAGCUAACCGGACCCAUAAUCGGUUAUGGUCAAGCUGAUGGUGAUGGGAGGGACACCUCAGAGAAUGAAGGGGAGGAGGAUGAACUUCUUGGUGGCAUGUUUGACCUUUCUGAAGAAGGUUGAUACACUAGUUGCAAGAUGCAUCCGAAUUCUUUGAUGGCAGGGUUAGGGUGGGGGUGGGGGUGAUCUCUCGCUCUAUAUCUUUCUCUGUUGUCAUGUAUAUUUGUGAAUAAAUGAC